AUGCGGUGGAACGUACACCAUCUAGCCGCGAAUAAUUCAUUUAGAUGUAGUUGUCUCAGGAUGGAGUCGUUCGGACUGCCCUGUGUGCACAUUCUAGCAGUACUGGUAAGGUUUGAUAUGGAGUCGUUGCCGAAGAGCCUUGUCCUGAAGCGAUGGUCGAAAUGGGCAAAGGAUGAUGCUGCUCAGGAAAGCCUGAGUUGCCGAGCUGGUGAUGCGGUUGCGCUGUACCGAAGUCAGGUUGGUGCAUUCCUCCAGCACUGCAAACGUUUUGCCAAAGUUGCAUGUGUUAGAGAGGAGGACCUUAGGCAUUAUGUUGAAAAGGUUGUUCGGGACAUGCAUUUGUUGGAAGAAAGGAGCAUGCUUGAGUCCCAUGGUGCGGAGACAAGUAACAUUGCCGGGCAGGAGGAGUUGGUGAAGGAUCCAAUUGGUGUUAGGACAAAAGGGACAGGACGCAGCAACGACCCGGUGGGCAUGUGGGGGGUAAAGCGGCGAUGA